AUGUCACAGACCAACUGUACAGAGGUUGUAAGAGAGGCCAUCCAGGCUAACAAGGACCACCAACACGCCUUGAAAGUAUACACCGAAAGACUUGAGGCAGAGCUUCAAACCGUUGACAAACUCCUGGAAACUGCUGAUGCUAAUCCGGAUGGUGAGCCGGACAUCGACGUCGGAGGCUCCGUCGUCAUUCCAGGCUCCGUUAAAGCAUCUGGACUUUUGGCUCCAAGUGAAUUGCUUUCAGAAGACUCUCCAUUUUACGAAGAGGCUGCGCGACGCAGUCGAUAUCUAAGCCUGACAGAAGUUCAUCCCAUGACUAAAAAGGAUCUCGAGACUCUCAGUGAAGCUGUGAGGACCGAAAACUACCGCAUGCACGCUCUGGAUGCUCAACGAAAAGGCAAUCCUGUUUUUACAAGUUUGAGUAAUCAACCGUCAAACUAUCUCGAGUUGAAUAAGGAGGACCUUGAUUGGGAUCGCAUCGCAGAGAAGGUUUCUUCAUCAUCCAUGUAUACGCGUACACCAAGAGAGUGUGAAAUACGUUGGCUGGGUGAUCAACAUCCAUGUUUCAAUCAUGGUCCUUGGACACAAGAUGAAAUCACCAAACUCAAAGGGCUUGUCGCCGAAUACGGGGAUGAGCAAGUGGAUUGGGAGGCUGUGGUAGAUAAACUCGGGACCCACCGAACGCCGUUGGAUUGCAUGGUGCACGGCACGACGCGAAAAAUUCAUUUGUGGACACCGGAUUCUGACGAACGUUUAUUGAAAGCUGUUGCUACUUUCGGUCACGAUAACUGGUCUGUAGGCAUGUUUGCCUGUCAAGUCUCAGAAGAUGCUACCCCUGGCCAGUGCCAGAACCGCUAUCAACGCACUCUGAACCCCGCUCUGAAGCACAAAGCAUGGUCUGAUGAUGAGGACUCGCGCCUACGUCUCGCAGUUCAAGCGCACGGUACUUCCUGGGUGAAUGUCGCAUCCGCCAUCCCAGGUCGUCAUAACGAUCAGUGUCGCGAUCGUUGGAACGAUACCAUUAACCCUGCAAUAACCAAGGGGAGGUGGACCGAAGAAGAAGACCAAGAUCUCUUGGCUACAGUGCGGCAACUCGGGACUUCGAGCUGGAAGGAGAUCAGUAAUCGACUGGGCAGCGGGCGCACCGAUAGCAUGGUAACAUUCACUACUUCAGACCCAUGUUUCUUUUUCAUUUAUUUUGCUUUAGUGUCGAAACAGGUAUAA